AUGAGUAGCUGGACGGAGCACCGGAAUCCUGAAGGCCGCACGUACUGGUUUAACGCCGUUACUAAAGAGAGUGUAUGGGAGAAGCCCGACGAACUCAAGAGCCCCUUCGAGCGCGCUCUGAAUCAAACAAAAUGGAAAGAAUACUUUUCUAGCGGUCGUAAAUACUACUACAACACUGAAACGAAAGAGUCAAAAUGGGACAUGCCGGACGAGCUGUUGCUUCUCUUGGAAAAGGUUGAAAAGGAGCCGAAGCAGCAGCAGCAAUUGGUUCCUGCGUCAGGAGCGGGUGCUCCCGUACAAGGUGCUCUAGUGCACAAUGGAGGCUCUGAUCUUUCCUUGACGGCAAAUAACGUGCAGCCUCCUCUCAACGGUACCAACGGCGCUGUUGGACUUCACACCGGUCAACUACCCUUCCAGGCUCCAAGUGCCUUGCCUGCGCGGCCUAACCUCCCAGAAGACCCUGUUAUCCCCCAUAAUGGUUUCGCGACCUACGAGGAAGGAGAGAAGGCCUUUAUGCACCUUCUGAGGAAGGCUGGGGUCGAUGCUAACUGGACCUGGGAUCAGACUAUGAGAACCAUCAUCACUGACCCUCUGUACAAGGCCUUGAACACCCUCGCAGAGAAGAAAGCUGCUUGGCAGAAGUACACGGAUGCUCUCAGGGCCAAGGAGCAGGAGGAACGAGAAGCCCGUCUAUCCAAGCUACGCCCUGCCAUCCGAAACAUGCUCAAAGGCAAUCCGCUUGUGUUUCAUUAUACGACCUUCGCUACCGCAGAUAGACUCUUUGCUCAGCAUCCCAUCUGGCAGCAAGCGAAAAUUGAAGCAGAGCGGAAGCUGAUUUUCGAGGAAUAUGUCGCCGAAUUAAAACAGCGGGAAGUGCAAGAGACAAGAGCUGCUAGAGCGCGUAGCAUCUCCAAAGUCGUGAGCCUGUUCAAGCAGCUAGAUGUCGACGUCCUGACCCGCUGGCGCACUGCGCAUGCAAUGGUGCUCGAAUCAGACGAGUGGAAGAAUGAUCCUGAGUUGCAGAAACUGCCGACUCUCGAUAUCCUACUCGCGUUUGAGGACUACAGUCGUGUCAGAGAGCGAGAAUUCGAGGAACAAAUGCGGAGAAAUCAGGUCGAGAAGACUAGGAGAGAACGCAAGGCGAGGGAGGGAUUCAAGGCCUUGCUCAAGGAACUCGCGGACUCGGGGAAAAUCAAGGCCAGGACGAAAUGGAAGUCGAUCUAUCCGCUGUUCUCCAGUGACGAGAGAUAUCUGAACAUGCUUGGCAAACCCGGCUCCAAUCCUCUGGAACUCUUUUGGGACGUGGUGGACGCCUUGGACCAGAAACUGGAUGCGAAGGUGCUCAUUGCCGAGGGCGCCAUCACCAGACACAACGCGAAGGUGUCCUCGAGCACCGAGAACCCGAACGCCGAAACAGAUGACAAGAGCAAAUCGUUUGUCGUAACUCCCAAUGCAACUCUUGAGGAAUUUGUAGCCGUCGUUAAGGGUGAGGAGGAUGACGACGUCCGCAGCCUGAGUAAUGAGGAUCUCGAAGAGAUCUUCAAAACUUUACGUGACCAAGCUGUUAAGAAGCAAGAAGACGAGAGACGCCGUGCUGAAAGGAAACAACGGCACCUGCAAGAUGAUCUCCGCUACGCUCUUCGGAAGCUCCCUGAACCAAUUGAUCUCAAUAUGUCUUAUGAGGAGGCUGUACCUCUCAUGGAGAACCUUCCCGAAUAUAAAGCUCUGGAGGAUGAAGGUAGGAGGGCUGCGUUCGCCAAAUUCAUCAAGAGGCAGAAGGAACGUCUGCGUGACAAGGAGGCGUCGGAAGAUGGUGGAUCGACUACCAGUCGGAAGCGCAAAGAACCCUCCAGCAGGGACCACCGUGAGGAACGUGACAAGGACGAGGAGCGUGAUAGGAAGAGAGAAAGGGAGCGAGAACCGCACCGCGAGCGAGAGAAGGAACACGAGCCUCGCGGUUCGAGGCACCACCACAGAGGCUACGAUGAUUAUGAACAUGGCUCCCACCGUUCAUCUCGAGACUACCGCGAUCGCGACCGGGAGAGGGAGAGGGACUAUGGGAAGGAUAAGGAUAAAGACAGAGAGUAUUACCGGUCUUCAAAACACUACCGGGAACAGGAGUUGGACAGGGAAAGGGAUGGCAAACGGAAAGACAGGCGAGGGUCUUACAGUGGGGGAAGAGAGUGGGAGGAAGCGCCUGGUCAUGCCACGGCCUACGAAGGGGGUGCGCCUCGGCCAUACCGGGAACGCAGUACUUCGGUGUACCGCGAGGAACCGAAGGACAAGCGAGAGCGAAGUGUGUACGAUGACAAGGACAUUGGGGAGAGAGCAGAGAAGAGAGCAAGGCACGAGCCAGAGAUUGCACCAAACGGCAUAGAGCAGGCGCCGCCUCCUGCACCGCAAAGGGAAGAGACACCAGAGGAGGGUGAAAUUUAA